AUGAAGUCAUCGAAAAAAUCUAAUGCUUGUGAGCUGCAUCUGUUUUUGGAGGUGCUUCAUCCUCUUCGUGUGCGCAAUAUGAUUAGCAAAGAUGACAUAUUGGUGUUCCUAAAGCUGUAUGACCCAGGUCAAAGACAGCUACGAUAUGUCGGCACACUCUUUGUCAAAGCUUCGUCAAGGCCUUCAUGUAUUCUUCCAAAGCUAAGAACUCUAGCUGGUUUUCAUGCAUACGAAGAAAUUGAAUUGUAUGAGGAAAUAAAAUUCGAACCGACGUUGAUGUGUGAGAGGAUUGACAUUAAUGUUACCUUUAGGUCUAGUCAGAUUGAAAAUGGGGACAUUAUUUGCUACCAGAAAACGGCCAACUCAGAGGACAAAUAUCCUAAUGUUGAAUUGUUCUUCAAGCAUGUUCUUGGUCAGAAGGAUCCACAAAUAAGGAUACAGGCUCUAGAAGAGGAGGUUGCUGCUAUGUUAAAAAAUCAGGUUUCUAUUCUUAAAAAAUGUAGACAUCCAAACAUAGUCACCAUUAUUGGAAUAUGCUCAGAAGCCUCUGCUCUAGUAUACGAGUGGUUACCGAAUGGAAACCUUGAAGACUGCAUUGUUAGCUCAAAUAACUCCCCACCUCUGCCAUGGUGCAAACGUACACAAAUCAUUGGUGACGUUUGCUGCACGCUGCUAUUCCUUCAUGCAAAUAAACCCAGUGCUUUGGUCCAUGGCGAUCUCCGGCCUUGCAACAUCCUCAUUGAUGCCAAUUACAGAAGCAAGCUUUGCAACUUUGGUAUGUCCAACCUGUUUCUUGCGCCUGGAGCGUUCCCACCAAACCUCAAUGUGAGGCUGCCAUACAUGGACCCGGAAUUUCUCACCACGGGGGAGCUCACGCCACAAUCUGAUAUCUACUCACUGGGUGUCAUUAUCCUGCGUCUCUUGACUGGAAUGUCUCCACUGUCUAUAGCAAAGAAAGUGGCGUCAGCUCUGGAGAGUGACAGCUUGCAUCUGAUGAUAGAUAAAUCAGCUGGGGACUGGCCCUACACGCAGGCCAAGCAGUUAGCAGUCCUCGGUCUGAGCUGCGUGGAAAUGACACCGGAGAAACGUCCUGAUCUGUUAACACAGGUUUGGAAAGUCAUUGAGCCCAUGGCCACGAGGCCUCUUGUGGCUUACUUCCAAUCAGCCUCUGGAGGAAGCUCUGCACCGGCUCACUUCUGCUGUCCAAUUCGCAUGGAGAUCAUGAAGGAUCCUCAAGUGGCAUCUGAUGGAUUCACCUAUGAAUCAGGAGCCAUAAGGCAAUGGCUUGAUAGUGGGAACAGUAGGUCUCCGAUGACGAAUCUCGCCCUUCCAAAUCGAGAUAUCAUCCCUAAUCAUGCCCUUCGGUCUUGCAUCCAAGAGUACCUUGAGUUUCAGCGGCAACAAGGACAGAAUCUGGACCCCUAA